AUGUUCGAUGAGACGGCCCCGUGCCAACAGCGCCCAUCGCCUGGACUGUCUAUCGACUCGAGUAAUAACGAUGAUAGAACCCGGACAAUUCUCAGGAGUUCAGGCCUAUUGUUAGAUUAUCGGGCCGAAACCUGCACCCGACCUGCUAAGUUGCUGGUGCCCCGGUCUCAUCUCAGCCCGAGAUAUCGAAAAUACCCUGCAUGCAGUGUCAUCGUUUCAUCGUGUGUCCGUGGCCUUCCAAUACUUGGUAGAUCGAUCUCCUGUGCUCUCAUGGCGUUUGCCCAAACGGUUACUGUGCACAUUCUUAUGGGGAGGAUUGCGAUGUUGAGCAUCUUUCAAGCAACAGACGGUGAAGAUUUUAACUUGAUCUGA